AUGUAUGAGGAGUAUUGUGUGCUUAGAAACCAAGUCCCAAACUCCUUCGAUGGAUUCCAUAACCCUAGCAUCGAGGAGCUGGUAGAACAUUUCAAGCCCCACCCUCCUGGAUAUAGGUUCUGUCCAACGGAUAAAGAGCUUGUCGAGUGUUACUUGAAGAGAAAGAUAUCGAACCAACCAGUGCCGGUGAGCUGGAUCGUGUCGGCUAACAUCUAUCGUCACAAACCCGAGUUUCUUUCAAAGGUAUUCAAGGAUUAUGGAGAAACAGAAUGGUACUUUUUCACACCAAGAGAUCGAAAGUAUCCAAAUGGAACUCAUCCAAGUCGAUCAACUGAUGGUGGAUAUUGGAAGGCCACAGGAGUUGACAAGUCAACCGAAUCACACGGAGAACACAUCGGGUUUAAGAAGUCAUUGGUUUUCUAUAGGGGAAAACCCCCUAAAGGUGUCAAAACAAAUUGGAUUAUGUAUGAGUUCACCGUCAAAGAUCCUCCUCAAAACAAAAGGGAUGCCAAUGACAUGAGGUUGGAUGACUGGGUUUUAUGUAGGGUUAAGAAUAAAAUUGACAAAUCUCCUAAAACACGCACUGAAGUUGAUGUGGAUAAUGAAAAUUUUGACAUUGUCAAUGAUACGGAGAAUGAUACCCUUUGGAACUUGGAGAAUGCAUUAUAG